AUGACUGCAAUGAUGGCUGAUGGACAAGUUACAAAGGUUGAUUCAAUAAGAGUGCAGAGUGAGAAUGAUCUUUUUAGGUACGAUAGUUACACGUACUUAACUUGGGAUGAUUUUGAAGCAGUUCUUACAAUGGAUGAGCUGACCGGUGUUGUUAUUGUGUCUUAUAUGAUUGUUUGUAUGAUAACAGGGUGUUUUUUUAACAAAUUGAAGUAUGGCUCCCCAGAAAGAGACCAUGGAAUUUGCUUUGUGAACCCGGCAGUAAUCUCACCAAGUACGCGUAAAGGGAAAUCUAAGAAUAUUGACGAUGCAAGCAGAGGUUUAGCAGAUCGGUUGUCUAAAAGAAAGGGCAAUGACAUCAUCUUUAUGCCCUACAAUCCCGGAAGACAUUUGGUAUUGGGUGUACUAGACAUGAAAUCGGAUACUUGCUAUUAUCUUGAUUCCUUGAGCUCUGGCAAUUUCAAUAUGCAGUUCAAGCAAAUUGUUGAUUCGGCAAUGGUUCUGUACACUACACAAACUCGAUCCAACAAAAGGGUUAAACUAAAUUGGGUUAAUGUUACGAUCGGGGAUGGCAAAGCUGAGUACACAACUGCUGAUAUCGAUGAGAUACGUGAAGAAUGGUCAACGUUUGUUACAAUGUUCAUUUAUCGAUGA